UUCAAACGAGUUCAUACCGAUGAACCGACAUGUACAUAUAAUUUAUCCCGGUUUUGCGAACCUAUCUGGUACGAUGUAAAACGUUCGUGUUCAAUGGAGUACGGUAGUCCGACCGAUUGUUAGAAGCGUCAUUGGGAACGUUUCGAUUGAAAUACUUAUAUUUAUAUGUCAAUAAAAUUAGCAGAACGCGCAACACGCCUGAGAAAUAUCUAGCUAAAGGAAAAAGAACGUUUAUUAAAAAUGAGGAGGAAAAGCGAAAGGAACAAAGCAAAAGGGACUCCGGAAAAGGAAGUGGGGAAACCAACUAGAAAAUCAACGCGUAGACGAGUGAAAAAAACACAUUCUAUGUCACCGGAGCCAGAAACUGUGGAGGAGACAGGGAAAAGCAUCGCUAGCAAAGAGACAGACAAGAAAUUAAUUGCAUUCACACUCCAAAGAAAACAGUUGGAAGAUAUGGUAGAAGACUGUAACGAAACAGUAACAUCCACGGAAACCGAUAUCAAGAUAAAAUCUGAAGAACAUGAAGAAGACAACGAUGGUGGAUCGGUUUGGAAAGUAGCAAGAGCAGACGCAUCGCCUGGCGAAAUACAGAAGCUGAAGUUAUGCAGACAACAUAAUAUGACAGAAUCAUCAUCCGAUAGUUCUUUGAGUAGGAAAAAAUCGAACAAGUGGCAAGAAAGUGGUGAGGGAGUUGCGGAGGAGGCUGACUCGGCAGAAGAGCAACUGGUUUCUUGUACAAGAAUGCUCAGUAGCACUGAACAGCCGAACGAUCCCUCCUCUUCAUACCCAGGUCAGGACUCCAACGAAGAGGUAAGUGAUAGCAAGGAGAUCCUGCCUGAAACCACUUCAGCCAACUUGUCUGACGAUAAACCAAACAUAGAUCAGCAAGGUGAAUCAAAAGAGGCAAAUAUCCCGAUCGAAAACGCUGAUAACGAACCGAUUAAGUCGGAUAGCACACCUGUUGUGUCGGCUCCUAGAUCAAACGGCGAUCGCUCAUCCGAGGAGACGAACGAUGCACCAAAGGAAGAAAAGUCCGUGGAAGAUACCAGCGAUAAGUCAGCAGAACCGUUCAACAAAGAAAUAACCGUCGAAAACGUUCAGAAAGAUACGAGCACCGAUGAGGAAGAAGACGAGAAAGAAAAACCUCGCGAAGUAGUAAAUUCUACGUCUGAAUCGAACGAUGAAGUUCAAAGUACCAGAAGUAACAGAACGAGCAGCAGAAUAUCCUGCGCCAGUCGUAGAAAGCAUCGAACUAAAUAUCGAGACUCGUCCAAUUCCGAUACACCAGACUCAGAGGAUGAACUUCCCAUUAAAAGGGACAUUGAAAUUGAUUCUUAUAUGCAAGAAGAGAAAUUAGCUGCAGAUGACUCGCAUAAACCGAAAGAUCGAUCGGUAUCACCAAAACCGAGGAAUAAUACUUUGCUAAACAAUGUGGAAGCAGAAGCUGAAAAUAUUGAGGAGAAUAAUCAGAAAUCAGAUAGUCUAAACGAGAAAUCAGAGUAUUCUGUGUCGGCAGUGGUCCAAUUAGCCACUUCUAAGCCUGUGAAAGUAAAUUUGAAGAGAUCAUUCUCUGCAAGAAUAUUGAUGGAGAAGAAUGAUGUGAAAAAAGAAGAUACCGAUGCGAGUGUAAACAACGAAACAGUUGUAUCAAAUAAGGAGAAUCUUGAUAAUGCCGAGGUAGAAUCAAAAUGCGUUCCGAGAAAACGACGAUGGGGCACUGCAUUGUCUACAGAUACCACGCCUUCGUUUUCAAUAUCUACUGAUUCGCUGAAGGCGUUGGUGCCAGGGGCAAGGCCGCUGUCAAUAAACGAAGUUCGUUUGUCCAAAGACGACGACGAAGACAGAGAUCGUUUCCGGGCCAAUGAAAAGUGGUACAAUACUAACGAAGGGGCGAACGAUAACAAGUCAGACAGUGAAAGUGUCACGCAAAAGAACGGUACCGCGAAAAAGGGAGAUGGGAAGGUCGACAAUCAUAUAGCAGUGCGCCGAAAAAUAUCAAUCGUAAAGGAAACGCCGCACAUAAAAUCACCCAGUCCACCGGCCACGAAGCCCACUAAUAUACUGUUGAUCAAAAAUUUGGUUCGUCCUUUCACUCUGAAUCAAAUCAAGGAACUUCUUUCGCGUACCGGCACGAUCGUUGAAAAUGGUUUUUGGAUGGACAGAAUUAAAUCCAAAUGUUUUGUAGAGUAUGCAAACGAAGAUCAGGCGUUCGAAACACGGCAAGCUUUACACGGUGUAUCUUGGCCAGUUUCGAACCCGAAGAGGCUUCACGUUGAGUAUGCAACCAAAGAUGACAUGGAAUUGGCGCGGGAAUUGUCCAAAGAUCAAUCUAUUCCAAGGAAAACUGAGACACUUGUACCGGAUUCGUGGCAACAAGAUUGGAAUCGAGAGGAAAAAGCUAACACAAAGGUGAUGGUAGUCCGAGAAUGGGAUCUAGGCAAAGAAGAUGGGCAGCACAUGAAAGAGAAGGAGCGCGAAAAGAAGGAUCAUGAUAAAAAGAGGAGACAAAGGAGUCGGAGUCCCGCGGUGGAAGCGCAUCUUCCAGCUCCGGCACGUAAAUUCAAAAAGAAAGAAGAUGAACCACCGCCAGCUAAGCUUUUAGACGAUCUCUUUAGGAAGACGAAAGCUACUCCUUGCAUAUACUGGUUACCACUUACAAACGAGCAGAUCGUCGUGAAAGAGGAAAUGAGAAGGCAACACAUGGCAGAACACGCACGUAGAUUAGAAGAGAUGAGACGCGCGGAAAGAAAUAACAGGGACGGCCGCCGUCGUCGCAGCCCAAGAAAAUAGUUCUUUGAUCGUCCAAUUUCGAUAAACGUACCUUUCCUUCUCUAAUGCAAACACUCCGAUUUUCAUCAGUUCCCCGUUUUUUUAAAACGAUCUCUAAUCGUGGAAAGCAAGAGAUCAUUUCUCUUUCUUUUCAUAGACUAUGAACACUGGUAUCCUUAUUGGUUAUUGGUUGCAUCAAUUAGCGUUUUUAAUAUGUUGCGUUGGCGAUUGUUAAAUCUUUUUCUUUAUUUUUUUUUUGUUCAAGAAAUUUGAUAGAGUCUGGUUUAUGCUGUCAAAUGUCCUUUAUUUCUUUUUUAUUUCAAGCCCUUAGACAUUCUAUUCUCUCUUUUUUCUUAUCUUAUAAUUCUACUAGUUUCGUUGUAUGAAAAACCAUACAGAAUCCACUGCAUGAUCCAGACGUGUUCCGCUUCCGGAUUCCAGCUUUCCUGAAUUUCAGCAUUAAACUGUACUUCUUACAGGUCAACAUUAACUAUUCAACAGAGUGGCGUAAUUAUAGAAUGAACACACGAUAGUGUUUACAUCGUCUAGGAGACACGCAUCAUAGCGCGGAGACCCUGGGAAUCGAAGAAUAAGUGAAAGCACACGAAACGAAACUGUCCGUAGAGAAAUACUACGAAGCGAAUAUACAAUAUUCGUGGUCAUUGAAAAUACUGUCUCAAAAAAGAAAAAGGUAUUAAAUAAAACAGAAAAAAACAUCGAAGAUAGGCUGGUUGUUGGAACCAACGACGAAAGCCGUCCGAGAUGACGAGAAUGUGGUUUAUCGUUUGACACGAAGAAAUCAACCUAAGUAACCACAAGAGAAUUUUGUUCUCUAAUCCUGGAUUAUUCGUUUCUGUCAUCUGCUUGUAGCGUAGCCCGACUUCCUUGAGUUUGACAUGUACUGCCGAAUUUGGCAGUAAAAUGUAAAGUUCUGAUGUUUCUCGGUGAAAUCGCACAACCGAAAACACGUUUGUACAUAAAGUAUAAUUCGAUAUUCCAUAAUGUGACAUGUAAAAUUAUCAAUAAAUGUAAAACACUUUAGGAUAUAUGCAAAACUAUAUAUUUGCCGCUUACUUUUUACGAUAUCACGUUUGGAAAAUUUGUUACUUCAUCCUUGAAUAUGACGAAAAAAAUAUAUAUACAUGCUUUAUACGGAACAACGACAACUGAUUCGUUACGUUCAUCUUAUCGUUGUAUGUGAUCCAGGACACACUAUUGCAUAAAUGUAACUCGCAGGCACUGUCAACCAAGAAAAUGCGCGACUGACAAGUUGGAACCAAGUUUGUUGGCAAGGUCACAAGUGAAGAGAAUGUGGAUGUAAACUUACUCGAUCUUUAUUUAUAUUAACAUUAUUAAUGCUAACGUUGUAAUUGCUUUAAUUUACAAAAUUCACGAAUUACAAGAUGUGUGCAUGUCAGCUAUUAAUUAAAAAAUAUUUCAGUCACAACUACUAUUGGUAGAAAAAGAACCAAAAUUUUCAAGUUCGCCAUUGGAAUUAAUGAUCAGUUUGUACACUAUGUAUCUUUCUGCUAUUAAACUAAAAUUCCCGACGUUA